AUGACCACUGCAGUCUCAAAACGUCUCCAUGGAAAAACUAUACUGAUAACUGGAGCAUCAUCUGGGAUUGGCCGCUCUACUGCAUUCGAAUUUGCUCGCAGUUGUCCUCAAGACUUAAAGUUGAUAUUGACUGCACGACGAAUUGACUAUCUCCGCGAGAUAGCGGCUGAAAUCGUCAAGGAAAUCGGCAAUGGUGUCAAAGUGUUACCUGUGCAGCUUGAUAUUAGCAAUCCAGAUGACGUGCGCACUUUAGUAGCAAGGUUACCCGCUGAGUUCAAACAGGUCGAUGUCUUGGUGAAUAAUGCGGGUCUCGUGAAAGGUGUCGCAAAGUCACCGGAAAUCUUGGAGGAAGACAUCAAUGUUAUGUUUGCGACAAAUGUGAAUGGUCUCAUCAAUAUGACCCAGGCUAUUUUACCUAAUAUGUUGAAGCUGAACAAUGGCGCUGGGUCCGGUGAUAUUAUCAAUAUUGGCUCUAUUGCAGGUCGUGAACCUUAUGUUGGCGGCGGAAUCUACUGCGCGACGAAAGCUGCUGUUCGUUCGUUUACCGAAAGCAUGCGCAAAGAGCUUAUUUCAACUCGGAUUCGAAUCAUAUGCAUAGAUCCUGGUCAAGUCGAAACCGAUUUUUCCGUGGUACGGUUCUACGGCGACAAAGACAAAGCGAAAGCUGUUUAUGCGCAACCCUUGACACCUGAUGAUAUUGCGGAGGCUAUUGUGUUCGCCAGUGGAAGAAGAGAAAAUGUUGUGAUAGCUGAUACUCUAAUUUUCCCAAACCACCAAGCAAGUGCAACUAUUAUGCACCGUAAUUCUACUUAG